UUCCAAAACCUCUAAACUUCCACUCUACUCAAAGACAACCUGCAAGAUAGAUUCACUCAUUUUCACUUCCAACUGUUUCUUCCCAAAAUCAAAACCCUCCGUUUAUCUCUCCGGUCAACUCUCUCUUUCUCUCUCUCUCCCCAAUCUGCAUCUAAAUCACACAAAUGGCUGAAGGAUCAAAGGAAUCAACUUCAAACACUGUUAGUCAACAUGAUAUUAUUGUUGAAGAUGCCGAAGAUACCCUCAAAUCUGCCCCAAAUUCCCCCAAUUCUUCCACUCGAAAGGCUUGUUAUGCUGUUCUUCAGAGUUGGGUUUCAAAGAAAUUCAUGACCGGAUGUGUUGUACUGUUUCCCGUGGCUGUUACAUUCUUUGUGACAUGGUGGAUUGUACAGUUUUUUGAUGGUUUCUUUAGUCCUAUCUAUGAAAGACUUGGCGUCGAAAUAUUUGGUCUUGGAUUCCUUACAUCAUUAAUCUUUAUAUUUUUCGUGGGCAUAUUUGCUUCGUCAUGGAUGGGUGCUACUGUUUUCUGGGUGGGAGAGUGGUUCAUAGAAAGGAUGCCUUUUGUAAAACAUAUUUACUCGGCAUCCAAACAAAUCAGUGCGGCUAUAUCUCCAGACCAGAACACUACUGCGUUUAAGGAGGUUGCCAUCAUCCGUCAUCCUCGUCUGGGAGAGUAUGCUAUCGGUUUCAUUACAUCAUCAGUUGUUCUCAUGAGGGAAAAUGGAGAUGAAGAGUUAUGCAGUGUUUAUGUCCCUACAAACCAUCUCUACAUAGGUGAUGUGUUUCUGGUCAACUCUGAAGAGAUUAUACGACCGAAUUUGUCGAUUCGAGAAGGCAUUGAGAUUAUUGUUUCGGUUGGUAUGUCUAUGCCGCAGUCGAUAUCUCCUAUAGAGAGGGUCCCACGUGCAAACGAUAGGGUUCCGCUAAAUAGAAUGAUGUAGAAGAAGCUGUGUGUUUUCUAUGAAUCAGGUUAAAGGUUAUAUUCUUGUACUCAUGCAUUGUUUUUGCUUUGUAAAGUGAGAAAUCCAAAGCUUAUAUUAUUUGCUUAUGUUACAUCUCUACAAGUCUCUAAUUCUUAUUACCAGAGGCUUUUUUUUUCU